CACUUAAUCACGGCUGUCAAACAAAUUGUCACUUUCUCGAUGGCUUCAAUGUUGUUAACGUGAAUUUCUUAUUUUCAUAAUACAUAUGUGUUUACUCGACAGUUUUUAUUGCUUUCCGCCGAUACAACUACGUCAUCGCUACUGUAACAUAAAUUAGUUCAAGUGACCGAUAUUACGUCGCGAAUUCGAGACGAAAUGUUAUAAAUAUGUGGCGCGCGUAACGGAUGCAUCGUUUCCUACAUUCCUUUGCCAUAAACGAAACGUAACGUUUGUUUCCUAUGUGAUGUUAUUGCAAAGUGGUGGCGGGUAGCUCAGGAAGAUGCCUUUCAAGUUGAAGUUGAAGAAGACGCGGCAGUACAAUGUAGCGUCGAAGAGUUUGUUCGUGAUCAGCGUGGAGCUGCUGGAUGGCGGGGUGGCGGACUGCACGCUGUCGGUGGACAGCACCGGGCAGGAGUGCCUGGACAACGUGUGCCAGCGGCAGGCCGUCAUGCAGCCGGAGCUGUUCGGCCUGCGCUACGUCAACCGCAGCCAGCAGCCGCGCUGGGUGCAGCUCGAGCGCCCGCUCAAGCGCCAGCUCGAGAAGUACGCGUCCUCGCACCAGCUCUACCUGCGGGUCAUGUACUACGUCAUAUCCGGCACCAGUCUGAUCACCGACGAGGUCACGAGGUACCACUACUUCUUGCAACUCAAGAAUGAUUUGAUAGAGGGCAGGAUUAUCUGUGACUGCCAGCAGGCAGUUGUGCUGGCAUCUUACAGCAGGCAAGCAGAGUAUGGCAACCAUGACCGGGAAAGGCAUACAGUGGAAUAUCUCAAGAACCUGCUGACUUUCCCUAAACAAAUGCUGGAUGGAGGACAGAUCAUAGAUGGGAGUACUUUGGCUGAGACUGGACGGCUGGAAUGGCUGACUGAGGCUGUGAUUCAGCAUCAUAUGGCUCUGCACAAUAUGUCACAGGCUCAAGCAGAAGAAGGCUUCAUCACGACCUGCCAGCAGCUCCGAGGGUACGGCCAGGAGAUGUUCAGCGCUCGCGACCAGAUCAACCAGAGCGAGGUCACCAUCGCCAUCUCGUUAACCGGCAUCAGGGUCCUUACGGAGACCAGUGAGACGCCGCAUUUUUACAGAUGGAUGGACAUAACAAACGUGAUAAACCACAAACGCACGUUCAGCAUAGAGUGCCAGAAGCAGACAGGCUCGGCGUCCUUCACGCUGGCCUCGCCCGAGGACGGGAAGUACGUGUGGUGGUCGUGUGUUCAGCAGCAUACCUUCUAUAUGAAGCAUCAGAGUGCACUCAGUGAGGCGCCUAGGGAUGAACAUAGGCCGAAGUUUCAGCAAGAGCAUGGGCUGUCGGACAGUCGUGAGGAGUUGGAUGCUCGGGAGCUGGGCAGCACUUCGAGGCUGGAGCCGCUGUCGUCAGCUCAUCGGGCUUACUCCACCUCCUGCCUCGAGCUGGCUGAACCGCACCCACCACCGCCGCUGCAGAACAGAGCGCUGUUACCACAAUACCGUCCCGCCCCGGACUACGAGACAGCCAUUCAGCAGAAAUACCAGCAACAGCGUGCUGAGGCCCAGCUGCGGUACCACGCGGCCACCAAGCCGUACGGCUCGCACCCCGACCUGCCGCGCUUCCCCGACGUCACGCGCCGCCCCGACCAGGACUACCCCUACGGGCUCGGCUUCGUCAACAACUACCCUUUCGCCGUCAACCCGAACGUGCAGGCUGAUCUCCAGCAACUCCACUACGUCAAUGUCUACAAGCCACCUCCCCCCUACCCCUCUAACGGCCUCGCCUCCAACUCCACCCCCGACCUCGCCGUCGCCAGCCAAGCGCUCAACUACCACCGAGGAUACAUCAACUCACAUGUCUCCGGCUCCAGUCCAGACCUAGUCUCCACGCGAACAGCCCUCAACAGGCACUUAGGAUAUAUAAACACUAGUCAUAUCAACUACGGCAGACCGAACAUAAUGCCCGGCACACACGGCACUUAUAACAACCUAGCCUCAGUAUUAGACCCCAAACCUCACAUCAUCAUAGACCCCCAUCACAUAUCAGAUAAUAUACAAAAAGUUUACGACGAAAGAGGGAAUAUUAUGUACUCCAUGCCGAUGCAUAGGGUACCUUAUCAAAGGCAUGUAGUACUACCGCAAUCACAACAAAUUAAAAUAGGAGAUACGCAAGAACCUAUUUAUGAGAAUGUGCCCUUACCGUGGCAGAAUGAAGGGAACAUCACGAUGAGAGAUCGAGCCCAAAGUCUAACUACAACGGACGAAAUAGCGCGACUAAACGAACGAAACAGCAGUCAUCCUACCAUAAACAACUACUUAUCACCCAACGUGAAUAUUCCUUACGUGCCAGUCAAGAUCGACAACCCAGACGGUCACUAUGUGAACGCACAAAUCAUCAAAGGUGUUCGCGAAACCAGCGUGCCAAAAGACCUCACAGUUUCCAAUCGAUCAGUGAAUAGAGACGCGGAGUUUGAAAAUGUAGCUCUAUCGAUAGACAGGUUAUCACUACAGCACGAUGAGCGCGAAUACGAUGAGACGCCGUAUCAGAGCUUAUCGACACAUCGAGUAUCGAAUAACAACACUAUAAACAAGAGUGAUAACGUUACGUCCAUCGUAGUGACGGACUCGCGGCCCAACAUGGCGGACAUUAGCUCAAGCACGGUGGAAACUGUCACUACGAACAGUAGCAUGGAGACUGAUACUUCGAAAACGAGUAGUAAGGAGAAGAAGCGGAGACGGUGGGGGGUGUUUAUGGGGAGGGCGAAUAAGGGGGAGGUGAGGAGUGCCACGUUGGGGAGGAAUAGAGCGACUCCUGCGCCGCAUACGCAUCGAUGGUCGACGGGGUUGCCGAAGUUCCAGCCGCUGCCUCCGAGUAUCACCAAAGAGACUAUGGUCCAAAUCCUAGAACGCAAGAUGUCAGACGACCAGCUAGCGUUUGCGUUUGAGCAGAUCCCCAAAGGUCGGGAGACGGGAGGGGAAUUCCGCACAGCUCUGCUGCCGCAACAUGCAGCGCUGAACGGUUUCAGUUCCGACUAUCUGCCGUAUGAGGACAAUAGGGUCCGGUUACAUCCCACGCCUAAUAACCCCCAUGGGUAUAUUAAUGCUUCGCAUAUUACUAUGACAGUAGGGAGCACGCAACGUUUCUACGUAGUAGCGAAAGUAGGCAACGCGACGACCACCAGUACCAACGUGACGGGCUGCACGUGCGGCGGCGGCUGCGCGCUGCUGUGGGCCGCCGCAGCACAGGUGGGGGCCCCGCUGCUGGCGAGGAUAGGGGGCCCGGGCCACCCCCACUACCUGCCGCAUGAUAACACCACCAGGGACUUCGGCAAGUUCCAGGUGUCAUGCGGCACGUCGUCGCGCACGGCGUGGGGCGCGUCGGUGCUGGUGCGCGUGCGGUGCGGGGCGCGUGUGCGCGAGCUGUGGCACGUGCACUACGCGCUGUGGCACUCACAUACUAGCGCGCCCGAACAUAUACACCAUUUCUUAGCAUUCCUCUCGGAAGUGAACAGCCUCCGACUAGCCUGCGAGGCUGAAGCCGAGGCAGCCCGGGGCGCGAGCACGGGCGGCGUGCGCGGGGCGGCGCGGGGCGCGGGCGCGGCGCUGCUGUUCUGCUGCGAGCACGGCGCCGGCAGGAGCGGCACUGCGCUCGCCGCUGAUCUGCUGCAUGAUAUACUUGAUAAUAAUCAGGAGCUAGACAUCCCGCGUACAAUCAGCAUGCUGCACCAACAACGCGCCAACCUCAUACAAAACGUGCACCAGUACAAGUUCCUGCACCAGCUGCUGUUACAGUACCUCAAGCAGUCCAGACUCAUAUGAACAGCUUACCCGACUUACCAGGAAAGAGGUUCCACAACAUUGCUCAUGGUGCCAACACUGCAAAGGAUUCGUCGGAGUUCGGAUUAAUAGGGACUGCUAAAAGAAUCUUUAAAAUGAGCGAAAAAAUAACGAAAAACGAAUCGAUAAUAUUUAACAGAUUAAAAAUACUACAGUGCUAUUUAAAUGCAAAUUGAUUUUACUGCAGUUUUGCACUGAGUUAGGUCGUACUUUAAGUAAAUUAACAACUUUAUUAAUUGUUGCAUGAAAUUGACUAGUGUUUUUAAAACAUCGAUAGAGUCUAGUUAUUGAGCUAGGUUUUAUCGAUGCUUUUGUAAUCGAUAAACAAAGUUUUAUCGAUAUGUGAAUGAACCGAAACGAGCUGAUAUCGACAUAAAAUAUGUUCGAUGUCUGCGAGUUGCUCAACAGAACGGAAUAUAAGAGCAUGCCUUACACAAAUUAUACCAUAAUUUGACCCUAAGGUUGAAACAAUAUUGUAAUAUAUCAGUUCUAAAAGGAACUUUAUACACGUAGAUGUAAGAUAUAAUAUCGAUCGACUGGAUCAUAGAUCUAUUACUUAUGAGAUUUUUACGAUUGAUGACUGAGAUGAUAAAUGUUCCACCUUCAUCUAGUGAUUUUGUAUAUUAUGUAUUUAUUUAACGUUUAAUUGAUGUUUGUAUAGAAAGUGUUUUUUUUAUAAACUUACAGAGAGUUUUUGUGAUUGUUGAAUGGAUUUUUAUAUGAUAUACCCAAUGUGGGGAAGUUUUUUAAUGAAUUUAUAUGUAAAUUGAUGAAAAGUAUUAUAUUGUAACACCAGAGGCAGGAUAUCUGGCUUUCUUUCAUAAAAUAGUGUAAAUGUGCUACUUAUCUCAAAUCUUUAUCAAACUUACUUUGAACAGGUCUUAGACUAUUUAAUUCAAUGUUUGUGCUAACUAACAGAUAUAAAUUAAAAGACUAAUUACAUAAAACUAACUUAUCUAUAAUUUCAAUACUUUUCUUUGUGUUAACGACAUUUUUACAAUAAAAACUGCCAUCGCUCAAAAUGACCACAACAAAUACUCGUGAGUGCUUUUAUUUUGACUUUUUAUACUCUUCGAUAUAAAUACUCUUUAUUUAUUGUUUAUUUUGGAUCAGAUAGCCUGCCUCGCUCUAGUUUAGUGUGAAUUAUAACGACGUGCCUUAGUCAGAGAUUACCGAGGAUCUGAUGAAACUAUCGCGUGCCUUCUAGAAUUACUAUUCGGCCUAAGUUCAUCGACAACAUAAACCUCCGUUUUACAUAAAACUACUGUUUACUUUAAAAAUUGAACGUGAAACUUCAUGGUAAAUAGUUGUGUUAAGAAAACUGACUUCUAUGUUGUCGAUGGACUUGGGUUUUAGUCGUUAGCGCGGGAAUUUUGACAAUCUCAAUUUGAAAUUAAAAUUAUUUACUUCACAUAAAUUGUUGCAUUAUUUCACGUGAAACUGAGUGCCUUGAUGACUGAAGAUAUGUACCGUGAAAUUGUAUACUAGUAAAGUAUAAUUCAUAUAUUAAAGUAUAUUUUUAUAGAACAGUAUUUUGAGAAAGACUGUUGUAUUGUAAGUGUGAAAUUGUUGAAAUUCUUCGUGACGGCUGUUUUAUAUCGUUCGUAUUCUAUGUGUAGUCUAUAUUGUCAGUCACUGUCUUAUUGUUACGUUCAAGUAUUAUUGCUAGGUUGAAAUUAUUUUGAAAAUCUCUCCCGUAUGAGUCGACAGUGGCAUUGUGAUGCCAAUAUUCAGUAGUUUAUUCAUAUGAACACCAUGCAUUUAAAAUGUAUAAGCAUGCAAGUCUUCAAGCAUUUGUUGAAGUGGAAUAGGGUAGUUUCCAGGGUCGAAAUAAUGAAAUAAUAUUUAGUCCGCUUUUUAGAUAAUCAAAAAAUAUUGGAUACGUAUUUUUUCUUUUUUUAAUUAAACAUAAAAUGACAAAGAUAAUACGCUUCAAAAAUUAGGAGUGGGGGCCUUUUACGUCACAGUCUCCUGAAAAUUGUAGCAACUUGUGACGUCCCACUCAACUUUAGCACGCUAUAUCUUAACAAGUUCUGAUCCAAUUUAAAAAAGAAAAAAUACGUAUCGCUUAAUUUUGGACAAUCUACAAGACGGACUAAUUAUUAUUUUUUAGGAAACUACCCUAUUUGUUAUUAAUAUUUUAAUUUACAUGGGUUAAUUUCAAAACUAAGAUACCUAUAUUUGUUGUUAAAGUUAAUGAAUCAAUAUUUAAUAGCACCGUCCUACAGCCAUUUUCGAUUCAUACGUAUUGUAUGUAUAGUUGGUGCAUUGAUGUGUUCAUACCUGUAUGUAUUCGUACCUGUCUAGUCCAACGGCAACUCCAUAUUAUUGUUAAUUUGUUAGUUAGCGUACAUUCGCUUGGACCGUUUGUUUUGUAUGCACAAAAUAUUAUCAAACUAUUAAGGUAUACAGUUUUUUAGUCACUAUUUUUUUACAGUGUUAAUCGUGUUCUUUUUGUGAUGUAUUUAUGAUUUGAAAUAUUUUUUUACUACAGAAAGCUCUGUGUAAUUCCAGUAUUGAUACUUUAUGGAUAGUCCGUCCGGCACGAGUGCCGCACUAUAUAAAUGAAGGAAUAUCCAAAACUUCAUAAGAAACUGACAAUAAAAUGUACUAAGAAACGUU